GUCAACCAUGUCAUCCAAUGGAGUCAGCGAAAAAAAGGUUGACCAGUACCACCACUAUAUUCCAAGGUUCAUCCUACGUCGUUAUCAAGUAGGACCAGUCAAGUCCAAGGCUGAGCGCCGGCGCCUCUUCAAAAAGACUGGCAUCGACCCAGAAUACGUCCAUUAUUGGGACGUGGCGAAGGGCACCCUGGAUGUGCGACCAAUUGGCCAAGUCUAUGGCGAACAGAAUCUGUACAGAGACUGCAAUAACACCGAAAACCCCUUCCAACAAACAAGAUUUUCCGUCAAACGUAGACCAUUGGAGGACCUCCGCAAGUUCCUAUUUAUUAUGCACCUCCGAAAUGUCUGGAUCAAGGAUAGCUACUUUGACGAAGAUCAGAACGGGCCAGCGCGGGAGUGGAUUAAACAUUACAAACAAUCUCAAGGGUUUAAGACAUCCGCCGAAGCAUGGUUGGGUAACCUCCAGUAUUACCUCGACAACUCCCACUCCCAGAUGAUGACUCAUGCAGCGGAGCUCUUAGACAAAUACGGCCAUGGACACAUCUUGGAAUGGUUGUGUGGUCGUACUUCUGUCACGGAAAUUGAAAAGGGACCCGCCAUCACUUACCGGAAUAAUUGCGGACUCAAAUACACGUGUGUCUGGGAAGCGGCUGAAGGAGAAGAGUUUGUACUUACUCACAACGGAUUCGGAUUAUGGGAGGGUAUCAUCAACGGCUUUCCCUGCCUCCACGACAUAUUUGUCGUCAGCCCUCGCAUUGUUAUAGUGUUUCGUCUCAGAGGGUUGGAUCUUGAUGAUAUCGUCUCCAGUGUAUUGGUGCACAUCGAACAGUCACCUCCCAACGUCGAGUAUCACGGAUGUCCGAUUUUUCCCGGUCUAGGCACCCACAAGGAGAUGGAAGCAUACAGGAGUUCUAAGCAGGCCGAAUAA